AAUACCCACUAUUUCCGCCUCGUUUCACCUUGACCAUUGUUCCUCUCUCUCUCUACAUCCUUCUCUUCUUCUUCUUCUCUGGACCUGGGUCUGUAGAUUUUGGGUUUUUUUAGAUGCUCUUAAUCUACAUUCUAGGGUUAGUUAGGCUGAGUUCUUGUUAGAGGGAGAGAUCUAUUUUUCUGGGUUGUGAAUAAUCCUUCGAUUAACCGAAACUAUGGUUCGAUUAACCGAAAAUAUGGUUAUAUCUGACGAGAACAAACCCUCUGUUAUUAGACCCACAAACUUACAACAAGGAGAGUCAGAGAUUGUUAGCAGAAAGUUUGGGAUGGAGAUCCGGCCCAACCGAAGAGCCUUAGGCGUGAUUAAUCAGAACUUUGCUGGAGCUCAGCCGUACCCUCGUGUGUUUAACAAGAGAGUCUUAUCAGAGACAAAAGAAAUUUGUGACAAGAACGCUACUAAUCAAGCUCAUAGACCAAUAACAAGGAAAUUUUCCGCGCAAAUAGCAAGCAAGCAACAAGCUUUCACCGAGGGAACUAAGAAAUCAAAUCCAUCAUCAGCUCAAAGUUUUACUGUUUGGGAGGAUAUUGCGCUAUCAGAUGUGGAGGAACAGAAGGGAGCUGCUAAGGACCACCCGGAACCGAUGGCAUUGGAACAAACAGAAGCAGCAGUGGAUGAGAAGGAUCAUAUGGAGGUUGAAAUGGAGGAUAUAUUUGAGGAUCCUGUUACGGAUAUUGAUAGCUGUGAUGCCAAAAAUCCACUAGCAGUGGUAGACUAUGUUGAUGAUCUCUACGGCUACUACCGAAAAAUGGAGAAUUGUAGCCGUGUCUCACCAAACUACAUGGAGCAACAAUUUGACAUCAAUGAGAAGAUGAGAGCUAUACUAAUUGACUGGCUAGUUGAGGUACACCACAAGUUUGAUCUGAGGGACGAGACAUUGUUUCUGACAGUUAACCUAAUAGACAGAUUUUUAGCCCAACAAGCAGUGGUUAGAAAGAAGUUGCAGUUGGUUGGUUUGGUUGCAAUGCUCUUAGCAUGCAAAUAUGAAGAAGUUUCCGUCCCUGUCGUAGAAGAUUUAGUCUUCAUUUCGGAUAAAGCGUACUCUAGGAAAGAAGUUCUUGAAAUGGAGAGAUUGAUGCUGAAUACACUACAGUUCAACAUGUCAGUUCCAACGCCUUAUGUCUUCAUGAGAAGAUACCUUAAGGCUGCUCAAUCUGACAGGAAACUUGAGCUGCUAUCCUUUUUCUUGAUCGAGCUUUGCCUUGUGGAGUAUGAAAUGCUGAAAUUCUCACCUUCUUUCUUGGCUGCGGCCACAAUCUACACUGCCCAAUGUACCCUUUUUGGGUUUAAGCAAUGGAGCAAGACCUGUGAAUGGCAUACCAACUACUCAGAAGAUCAGCUAAUAGAAUGCUCAAAGCUAAUUGUAAGUUUCCACCAGAAGGCAGCAACAGGGAGACUAACAGGGGUGCACAGGAAGUACUGCACAACCAAGUUUGGCUCGGCAGCAAAAUGUGAGCCGGCAAAGUUCUUGGUGGAGACCACCACCCAAUAAUAGGAAAUACAUGUACAGCGGCUAACUUACAUGAUUUCUGUGACUGGGGUCUAUCAAAGUGGUUUUAAUUGGGGAGAGGAAUCGAAUAAUUUCAGCAACUUGGGUUGCUUCUAGGAAUCGAUUGGCGAAAGAUUACAUUUGACAUACAGCCAUUGCCUAACCUGUUCAAUUUGAACAUGUAUUGAACUUUGUAUUUCUGCUUCAUUUGAUAAUAAUUCCAAUUAUUUUAUACAA